CUGGCUAAUGGCUGUCUAACACCACUCCUUAUCAAUGGUUAUUUUAAUAGCACUCCAUUCCAAAAGUUUGAACAUCUUAGAAUCCGUUUCAUCCCAACACAUAAUGGAGGCCUUCCUUAAGGAUUUUCAGUAUCUUGAAAUCGGACUUGAAGAGAUAAAGUCGGCCACCAACACCUUUGAUAAAAGCAAACUUAUCGGAGAAGGUGGAUUCGGGAAAGUAUACGAAGGAGUAGUCACUCACUCCAAAGGGCAAAGCAAGGUUGCUUUCAAGCGUUUGGAUAGUACUUGUGGCCAAGGAAACCCCGAGUUCUUGAAAGAGAUCCUAAUGCUUUCUCGAUACACACAUGAAAAUCUCAUCUCUCUCUUGGGAUUUUGUAACCAGGAUGGAGAGAGGAUCCUUGUGUACGAGUAUGCAUGUCAUGGAAGUCUUGAUCGCCAUGUAGGAAGCGUUGCUCUCACAUGGAGACAACGUCUCAUGAUAUGCGUUAACGCUGCAACCGGACUUUGCUACCUUCAUGAUCCCAAGGAGACACACGAAAGAGUUAUCCACCGUGAUAUAAAAAGCUCAAACAUUCUACUCGAUGAGAGUUGGAAUGCCAAAGUUUCUGACAUGGGACUUGCGAAAAUAGGACCCGCUAAUCAAAAGCAGACCUUUCUUGUCUCCAAUGUUGCUGGUACCUUGGCAUAUGUAGAUCCGAUAUAUAUGGAGACGAGCAUCUUAACAAAAGAGUCGGAUGUUUACUCUUUUGGGGUGGUGUUGCUAGAAGUGUUGUGUGGGACGCUAUGCUUUGAAUAUAGCAAUAGUGGUACUCGUAAGGGUUUAGUUAGAACCUGGAAAAAGAGCUACAAAUUAAAAGACUUUGAAAAGAUUAUCUUUAAAGACAUGAAACAACAGAUGGAUCCGAGGUCAUUGGAAACAUAUUCAUCUAUUGCCUAUCAAUGUUUGAAGAAAUCUCGUGAAAAACGGCCAGAGAUGUAUCGGGUUGUGGAAGAACUUAAUAUUGCGCUUCGGUUUCAAGAGAAUUUUGAAGAGGUUGAACCAGAUAUGAACUAUGAAGAGGUGCGUAAGUCAGCAAGGUUUAAGAAAACAAAAGAGAUGUGUAAGACCGCAGUCCCUUCUCUGGCAAACAGAUCCGACGAGGAACUAAAGAUCCUUCUUGCCGAAGGAAUUUUUCUUAACCAUGGCAAAACGUGGUUUUGUUUAAAUAAGAAUGGAGAACAUUGUGAAAUGAUAUCCGCACAAGAGUGUUUCUAUCCUAUUAUCCUUAAACCUCCAGUUACUGGAUUUUAUGCCAAGGAAAAAACAAGAUUUGAAAAGUACAUGAAUACAAAGAUUUGUUCUGAUUUCAAAAUACGUGUCAGAACACAGUAUUUGUCACCACAGGUGACAUAUGCAAUAAACCUUGUGUUCUGUUUGUACGAUUCUGAUUCUACCAAUUCACGUCUCAGUUAUAUUCUGGCUGGGGAAACAGAACCUUCAAGUUUGUACUUAGCAGAUACGAGAAGAGAUGGAUGGUUGACAGCUGAAUUGUAUCAGUUUACUAGCGACAAUAGAAAUGUUGAUCUUGAAAUUACGUUUAAAUGUUGGAAUGAGUUGUUAGUAGAAGGGAUUGAGUUUCAGCCGGUGGAGAUAGUAAGCCAACAAAUUCUGGAACAUCAAGUAUUAGAGGAUAAGAGGGAGGUAGAUAUGCAGGAGGACAUGUCUCAUUCAGAUGCAUAUUGGAAAGAAAAAUUACCAAGUGAUUAUGAAAACAUAAUUAAGUGGUCUAAAGAUAAGUUACAUUGGAAAACAAAGAAGGAACUAUAUUCUAUUCUUUACAAAGGUUUCCCUAUCCAGAUCGAAGGGGAAGAGUGGUUUUCACUUGACAAAGACGGGAAGCAAUGUCUUAUGAUACCAGCAACAGUGGCUUUGAAAAGAAAAAAGUGGAGUUGGCGCUCUUUACCCGAAUCAAGAUUUGAAGAAGUUGCUUUUGAUCCUACUUGGAGCUUUACUAUACGCUGCACUACGUCCAAUAUGCUAUUAGCUCAGACAUGUUAUGGAGCUUAUCUUGUUUACAAAUUACAAGAAAACCAUUCUGGAUUUGAGCGUCCUUUGAUGGUGUCGAUGACUAGUCAUUUCUCUGAUACAUUAAUGAUCUCACGAUAUAUUUAUUUGAUUAGUCCUCAAACCCCAGUUAUCAAACGAAAGGCUUAUGAAAAUACCCACAACCCAUUGAAUAGACCCAAAAUAAAAGGCCUACCACAACAAAGGAAAGAUGGUUGGAUGGAGGUACAAAUAGAUGAACAACUUACACAAACUCCCUCGAGUUUUGUAAGACUUGCAGUCAACAUUCCCCUUAACCAGUCGCUUAAAGGGCUUAUUGUGCAAGGUAUUGAGUUCAGACCAUGUAAUUAGACACGAUAUUGUAAAAGGCUCUCUUAUUUAAUUAUGACUAGUUGCGGAUAAAAAUAUUUGUUUAUUAUAAUUUACUUUCUAA